CCUCCCGGAAGUGAUUACCUCUAGGUCACGGCGCAGGCGCAGAGUACGUUUGGCGUUGAGCGAGGCGGAGACGUGCUCUUUGCGGCCUCCGCUCGGGUCUGGGGCGCAGAGCCCGGUAGCUGUGGCGCGGGUGUCAUGUCAGACAACGAGGACAAUUUUGAUGGCGACGACUUCGAUGACGUGGAGGAGGAUGAAGGGCUAGAUGACUUGGAGAAUGCCGAGGAGGAGGGCCAGGAGAAUGUUGAGAUCCUCCCUUCUGGAGAGCGACCGCAGGCCAACCAGAAGCGAAUCACCACACCAUAUAUGACCAAGUAUGAGCGAGCCCGUGUGCUGGGCACCCGAGCCCUUCAGAUCGCUCUCCCCCAACACCUGUCCAUGUACCUACAGGAUGUGUGCCCCCGUGAUGGUGGAGCUGGAGGGGGAGACAGAUCCCUUGCUCAUCGCCAUGAAAGAGCUCAAGGCCCGAAAGAUUCCCAUCAUCGUUCGCCGCUACCUGCCUGACGGGAGCUAUGAAGACUGGGGGGUGGACGAGCUCGUCAUCGCCGACUGAGCCGGCGCGUCUUCCUGCCUGCCUCGGCCCCAGUGCCUACUCUCAUAUUCUAUACGUGCAAAUAAUAAAUUCUUCAGCACUUCA